ACCUGGUAAUAUUGGAAAUAUCCGAUUCUCAACAACAACAAAUAUUUUUCAUAGUAACAAGGCAAACUAAGGCUAACUUAUUUCUGUGCAUUUCAUUCUUAACUAUUACUCAUGUAAGUAGGCCCUGACUAUAGACCUACUUUUACCAUUUGGAAACUAUUGUAUCUUAUUUGACAACUCCAGCUGUGGUGUUCUAAAUAUGCCGGAUGUAUAAGGCUUCCUGUGUGGAGUUAUGGCUUACCAUGUUCCAUUCGACAAGUCCUUACGACAGCAAACAGUCUUAGACAUAUUUUUUAAAAAAAAACAUUAUUUUAUUGGAACGCUCAUAUGAGGAAUGGCGGCCUUAUAACGAAUUUCAAAAAUAAAUAGUAUAAUGUUUUUAUCUGUAAAAAUGCUCUUGAUUAAAUUUGUAUCCUAUUUGUAGCCUCUAACGCAGGGGGUGGGCAAACUUUAGAAGCCACGGGCCAGAUUCAAGAGGUAACACAGACACGGAGGCCAUAAAUGGUGAAAGCAGGGGAAGGGGCUGGUUGUACCCGAUUCAUCGGGAAUUUAUUAUUUGACCAGAAAAAGCAAAACAGCCCCAUAUAAUAGGGAGAACACCAUAAAGUAGUGACAACCCCAUAUAGUAGUGACAACCCCAUAGAGUAGUGACAACCCCAUAUAGUAGUGACAACCCCAUGUAUAGUAGUGGCAUUUGUGGCAUUUGCAAUUGAAAAUUUCAAUUACACGUUCAUUUGUUUCAUGAUGAUAUGCAUUAUUAUUUUUUACUAAAGGUGGCGCGAGCCAUUCAUUAAAACAGGGGCGCGAGUCAUAAUUGGCUCACGAGCCCUACUUUGCCCACCCCUUGCUCUAACGGCCCUACUUUGCCCACCCCCUUGCUCUAACGGCCCUACUUUACCAACCCCCUUGCUCUAACGGCCCUACUUUGCCCACCCCCUUGCUCUAACGUUUGAAAUGUGUAUGCUUGAUUUUUGGGGGAAUCAUAUUAUUGAACAUGUUUUUACUGAUUGAUGAUAUAUUACCCUUACGUUACGGUCUAUAUCAAUGUAUCCUUUCAUGCAGUUUGAGGACGAAGUGUAUGUUUUAUGUAGUACACGAAAAGAACCGUUCAUAAGUACAACAAUGGGCCCCCCUCCCCCCCCCCCCCCACAUGUUACCAGCGCGAUAGUUUUUCUCUAGCUUUUAACCUGUAUAACAUAUUUCAUAAGUACAACAAUGGGCCCCCCUCACCCCCCCCCCCCACAUGUUACCAGCGCGAUAGUUUUUCUCUAGCUUUUAACCUGUAUAACAUAUGCGGUCGAAAUGUUAGAAUUUUUAUCAACCAGCUGGCAUUUAAAUUUGGGUCACCCUCCAAGUUAUCCCUAAACCAGGAAUUGUUGUUGGACAAUUCAAACCCACUGUACCAAAUUAAUGUUCAUUAAAUACUUUUAUUCCUUCUUAUUAUUCUUUUUUUUUUUUUUUUUUUUUUUUUUUUUUUUUUUUAUUCCUAUUUUUAAUGCGAAUGACGGAACAUGUUCAAAACUUUUAUCUGUUCAUCAUUCACUUUUUGUUAAAAUAAAAAGUUUAGUUUCACUUUGAGUUACGAGCAACGUUGAAGUUUGAUGCUUUUUAAAUAGAAACUGAAAUCUCAUUGAAUGAAGGAAGUAUAAACACUAAGUGGAAAAGAGAGAAAAUCCGGGCCGGGGGGGGGGGGGGCAGGGUUUAAGGUUUCGUUUACUACCUUAAUUAUUUAGAUCUAAUUUAAAAGCUGUUAAGUCGUUUAUUUUAAAAAUUCUCCAUGGACAUAGACUCAUUUGAUUUUUUUUUUUGUAUUUAGGCCUACUCUAGGGUGAGUGUUCAUCAUUAUUAUUAUUAUUUUGAACGUGUGUUUAAUAACUAUAGACUAGACUAAUUUGAGACUACAAUCUAAACCUGAGAAACUAAUGUUUUCUACUCGUGGCCAUCCCACAUAACGCUGCUUAUUCUUGACUAAGCUGGCGGUGCUGUGCUUUCUUCAUAUCACGAUAUAUGUGUAUGCUCUGAAAACUUAGGAACUUGUUGUUAUGAACAGAACGUUUUCAGCACAGCAGUUUAACGGGAAUUCAUAAUAAAUUUUUUCUUAUAUUUCCGGGAAACAAAAAGGACUAUUAAAAAAAAUGUCUAUCAAUAUUGUGUCGACUAAUAUUUAACCGUUAUUCAAAUAUGUUAUUAACUUUUAUUCAAUGAGUUGUAACUGUUAUUUAAUAUGUGAUGUAAUUUGUUAUUUAAUAUGUGAUGUAAUGGGUUAUUUAAUAUGUGAUGUUAUUGGUUAUUUAAUAUGUGAUGUAAUUUGUUAUUUAAUAUGUGAUGUAAUUUGUUAUUUAAUAUGUGAUGUAAUUGGUUAUUUAAUACGUGAUGUUAUUGGUUAUUUAAUAUGUGAUGUAAUUUCUUAUUUAAUAUGUGAUGUAAUUUGUUAUUUAAUAUGUGAUGUAAUUGGUUAUUUAAUAUGUGAUGUAAUUGAUUAUUUAAUAUGUGAUGUAAUUUCUUAUUUAAUAUGUGAUGUAAUUUGAUAUUUAAUAUGUGAUGUAAUGGGUUAUUUAAUAUGUGAUGUAAUUUGUUAUUUAAUAUGUGAUGUAAUUUGCUAUUUAAUAUGUGAUGUAAUGGGUUAUUUAAUAUGUGAUGUACUUUGUUAUUUAAUAUGUGAUGUAAUGGGUUAUUUAGUAUGUGAUGUAAUUUGUUAUUUAAUAUGUAAUGUAAUUUGUUAUUUAAUAUGUGAUGUAAUUUGUUAUUUAAUAUGUGAUGUAAUGGGUUAUUUAAUAUGUGAUGUAAUUUGUUAUUUAAUAUGUGAUGUAAUUUGUUAUUUAAUAUGUGAUGUAAUUUGUUAUUUAAUAUGUGAUGUAAUUUGUUAUUUAAUAUGUGAUGUCAUUUGUUAUUUAACUGUUAUUUAAAAUGUUAUUUAACUGUUACGUAAUACGUUAUUUAACUGUUAUUUAAUAUGUUAUUUAACUGCUAUUAAUAUGUUUUAACAGUUAUUAUCAGCUAUUCACUAUGUUAUUUAACUGUUAUGUAAUAUGUUAUGCAACUGUUAUUUAAUGUUAUGUAAUUUGUUAUUUAAAUGAUAUUUAACAUUUUUAACUGUUAUUUAAUAUGUUAUCCGUUAUGUAACAUGUUAUUUAACCGUUCCUUUUCAUUGUUUUUAUUUCCAUUUCUUCUUUCAGAUUCAGUACGGAUAUCACCCGCCAUUUUCUUUUACAUACACUUUUUUUUUUAAUCUAAAAUCAUGAUCUAUCGUAAUCUUAUGUUAGUUGUGAUCAUGUUGAUGAAUGGUCACGUCACAGCUGAGUUCGUUUGCCAACGUGGACAGUAUGUUCAACGCGACGGCGAAGGGACGCUAUCCUGCGCCCUGUGUCCCGAGGCCACAUUCAUGUCCCAUGACAACCAUCAGAACGUCAACUGCAAGCCCUGCUCCAUCCCGGAGCCGUACCGCCACGAACGCCUGGUGAAAAGCUGCACGCCAUUUCACGACGCGGUCGUCGGCUGCGAUGAGAGCCACUACAGGGAGAAGCACGCCUACGACGAUUUCGAUGACAGUGAAUGCGUAAAGUGCACGAGUUGUCAGGUGUUAAACAUGCACGAGGCGAGGCCCUGUGAUGAGUUCACGGACGCCGUGUGUUGUCCAAAGCCUGGGAUGAAGGUUGUCCAUGUCAAGGACGGACGGGAUCACUGCGAACACUGAUUUAGACGAAGCCAAAAUUUGUUUUGAUGGAGAAAACAAAUUGAUAUGCAAGAAAAAAGCGUGUGGGGGGGGGGGUGGAAUAAUGAUAUUACAUCUUGUAACAUGAGGUAUACGCCUAUGUGGCCGAUGUUUCAUGUCUUGCUUUCAUGAAACAUGUAAAAAAAAAAAAUUAACCAUACCUUUUAUCCGGAUAAUAUAAAUGAUACGUCACCACAUUUUUGUAUUAAAUAAACAAAAUAUCUACCAUGUUUCCUUAAUUAUUAAAUAAUGUUUUGUUC